AUGUCGUUACGUUUAGUUGCUAAGAGGUCUAUUGCUGUGCCAAGGGUGUCUAGACUUGUGGUGCGUCCAAUGUUGACUCGCUUUAACAGCACUGCUGCUGAAGCUGGUGUGAGCGAAGUUGACCCUAAGAUUUCGAAGAUCGUGGAGGAUAUAUCCAAAUUGACAUUGUUGGAGACAUCAGCUCUAGUGACCGAAUUGAAGUCGAAACUGAAUAUUCCAGAUAUCUCGUUUCCUGCUGCUGGUAGUGCUCCAGCUGCUGCACCAGCUGAUGGAGCUGCUAAGGCUGAAGAAGCUGAGGAGGCUAAGCCUGAAGAGAAGACCGUGUUUGGCAUCAAGUUGGAAUCGUUUGAUGCUAAAUCUAAGGCUAAGAUCAUUAAGGAGAUUAAAGGCCUGCUAGGUUUGUCCCUGGUUGAAGCCAAGAAGUUUGUUGAAGCAGCUCCUAAGAUCCUAAAAGAGAAUGUUGCUAAGGAUGAUGCUGAAAAGAUUAAGACUACCCUUGAAGGUUUAGGUGCCAAGGUAUCCCUAGAGUGA